AUGCUGAGAAGCUUGUCAAUCGAGCCAUUCGAACGCCAAAGUUGCCCCGUCGAGCAGCUCGAGGUUCAAGUCGAAGCUAUACUGCCAACUACGGCGCCAGCGACAGUGGAUCGGACGAUUCCGAUAAUGAUGACGACGACGACGACGACGAUGAAUGAUUCGGACGACGAUGAGGACGAGGACGAUCAGUCCGACGAAGACGAGUUUGACGACAUUGAAGGCAACGACAAUCUGGACACCAAUCAUUCUACUGCUAAUGCUGCUAAUUCUGCUGAUGCUGCUGCUGGAUCAAGCAAUCAAGCCGCUGGCUCCAACGAUGGCCAGUCAAUGCUCGAAAUUUCCAGCGCUUCAUUGCUGCUGCUCGAGGGAUCGAUUCUGACCUUUGAGGCCGACGGAGAUCUCAGAAUCGUCGUCCCUCCAGAGUCGCGCGACGCGCUCAGACCUCUCAAGCUGCAUCGAUUUGUCAACUACGAGUGCAACAAAGACGACAGUUUGUUGACGCUUUUAUCGUCCGACCAACGAGCCAUGGUCUUUGAAGUGCAGCAGGGUGAUCAAGUCCUGUUGCUUGACACAGUCCGCAUGCAUUGGGUCUUGGUUCGGGAGCCAGGACGACAGCACUCGACCUUUUCACUCGAGCGGGCUCUCAAGGACGCGAGCUUUUGUGACAUUUCGUUCCAAGCUAGCGACGGAGUUGUUUUGCAGGCGCAUUCUGCGAUUCUCCAACUUCGGUGUCCUGAACUGGUUGGCAUGAUGAAAGACCCGGCAAAGGACAGCAUUCGGCUUGCAACCUUUGAUGCUGGAGUGUUGCGCGCGCUCUUGUUCUUUUUGUACACGGACACGGCGCCGCCAGAGCUCGUCAAGGUUGCAAGACCUCUUUCCCAACUUGCAAAGGCGCUGCACCUCCGUCGUCUUGAAGCCCAGUGCGUGCAGCUGUUUACGGAUGAUGCCGUUCUUGCAGAGGUCAUGACAUACACGCACGGAAUCGAAGCCAUCCUUCAGCAAAUCUUGGUUACUGCGCGUCGUCCUGAAGUGUCUCUGGAUCGUCCAGAGAUUGUGCUUGGCGUUGCAAAGCAGCAUGGCGCGGAUUUGUGCGUGGCUGGUUUGCUCUUCAUUCGGGGCGCGGACGUGCUUGGUCGUCGUCGAGCGUCGCUGAGCAGAGAGCAACAGAAGGUGCUGUAUACGAAUCUGCAAGAGUGGGCAUUGCGAUGCAUGGCAAUCUUGAAUCGCAUCAACCUUGAAGUUGGGCAUAAGCUCGCCACCGCCUUGCGACAGCAGAACGUCUCGUCGGUCGCGCUGCCCACGUCGCUGCAGCCGUACGUCGUGCAAGCCUUGCAGAGCAUCUCGUCCUUUGCCAAGGACCUGGGUGUCGGAUUGCGCACACUGGCCUCGGUCAUCAAGCAGUCUGAGGCUCAGAAUCGAAAGCGAAAGCAUGCUGAAGCGUCCUCAGCCGCGGGUCGUUCGGAGCGAUCAGGCGUUCUGCGGAGCAUGUCAGUCUUUGCCAAGUACCGCUCCUACGCCAAGCUCAAGUCCGCAUUCAAAAGCCUUCGAAAGUACUUGAAAGCCAUCCCAAAGGUGUGUGACAAAGUCUUGAAGGCAGAUCCAUCCAAGCAACGAGAGCGCAUUACGGGCGCCCUGUUAUACAUGCGCGAUUCCGUGCUUCAGGAUGACGAAGAGGAGUUUACCAGAAACCUUGAGCGGUCAUUGCGCGGUUCUCGGCUGAAGAAGCUCAUCUCGGCAACCACCCAAGGCGUUUCCAUGGGUUUGAACCAGUUCAUUGAGCACCCCGAGGCCGUUCAACCGCUUAUCAAGCGCCUCCGCGAUCAAGUGCAGUCCAAAGAGUUUGACAUGCAACUGGUGGCCUUGAACUUGCUAAGUGCCAGCGAGGUCGACAGCAUGGAUGCGCUCGCUGCCUCCACCAGCGCGGACAGCACUGGCCGAAUGGUCGAGGAAGAGCUGGUCGACGACGUGGGCAUCUCCUUCCUUUCAAGCAUGCAGCAGCUGUACACUGAAAGGGACGCCACUGGCGACAUGUCUUUUGUGUUGUCCGACGGCUCCGCUGUUCCAGCCCAUCGAGUCGUCGUUGCCUCAGCCAGCGAGUGGAUUCAUGCUGCUUUGACAAACGGCAUGCAGGAAGCGCUGAAUCGUCAAAUCUCGAUGCCUGACAUCCCUCCAGAAAGCUUCAUGCUGUUUCUCAACUAUCUCUACACUGGCGACCUCGACCUGUCCACGUCCGAGACGGCUGCCGUCGAUCUCCUAGAGUUGGCAGAGCGGCUCGCCAUGCCACUUGUGCGCGAGACUUGCACUCAGUACUUGCUGAAAAGCAUUGACGAGGACAAUGCCAUUGCUCUUGUGACGGUCGCAGACCGCUUUUCCAUCCCCAAGCUACAGGCCGCCGCGAUGGACUUUAUCGUUUCUCAUGGCGACGUUAUCAUGCAAGAGGACAUUCAAGAACUCGAUCCUCAUUGCGCUGCCGAGUUGCAGCGCCGUGUUGUCCAGCAUCAGCAACACCUGGAAGCUGCUUUGCAACGACAAAAGGAGCGAGAUGAACAAAUCAAGCAAGCGGAGCUUCUGGGCAACCUGGUCGUCCCUUCGUUCGGGACAGAGCCGCCUGAAUUGGAAUUUCCAGAAGAGACAAUCUCAGUGGAUGAUGGCGUGGCCGUUUCCUCCCUUGUGGCUGAGAUGCAAGCAAUCGUUGGAGAAGAUGUGCCCGCCGCUCGUCUUGAGCAUCACCUUCGCGCGGCCAACUUUGAUGUGAAUCGUGCUGUAAACUUUUUCUUUUCAGAAUAA